AUGGAACCAACUCACAUCGUGGUCUACGCAUUCGGAGACCAGACUUACGAUGCUACGGCACUACUGUCGAUCUUACUCCAUUGGGACGACUUUCUACUCACAGACUUUGUUCAUCGAGUAACAAAACGAUUACAACAAGAGCUCGCGGAUUUGGGACCAGAGCAGAGAGCAGAAUCUCCGAAGUUUGCUGAACUCCUUGACCUCCUACCGUACUGGCGAGAUGGUACAUUGACACCAGGACUGUGCCAGGCCUUGACUUGCUUCACACAGAUUGGAGUCUUCCUUGCAAAUCACGGCUACCGAGCAGAGUGCAAACCCUUCCCAAGGCCAUCUACAGCAUGUUUGACUGGAGUUUGCACCGGACUCAUAUCUGCCGCAGCGGUCAGCUUCUCGGCCAACGUGGGAGAACUGCUCUGCCUCGGAGAAGAAAGUGUGGCAGUGGCCUUCCGAAUUGGCACUCUGGCAGCUGAUGUGGGCAGUCGGAUCGCGAACUGCAGAGAAUCGUCUGGAAAAUAUACAUCGUGGACCGCAGCCGUUAUGGUGAAGGAUGUCGAAACGAUCACAAAACAAGUGGAUGAUCUUGAUAAACAAAUCCCAUCUACGCCAUAUAUCUCUGCCUACGUCUCGCAACAUCAGGUUAAUGUUUCGGCGGCGCCACAUACGCUGCGCGACUUCUUAUCAACACUAUCGCCGCUGGGCGUUUCGAGUGUUGAGCUUCCGGUACAGGCACCGUAUCACGCUGCCCAUCUAUAUUCCGAGAGCGACAUCGAUCAGAUCAUUCGCUCUGAUAGUGCCUCGAAUGGCACUUCCUCUCCAGGACUUGGUUUCACAGAUUCAAAGCUGUGCAUACCGAUCAUCUCUAGUGCUACCGGCGAGAUCGUGUCAGCGAAGACUUUCAUGGAUGCUCUACAAUCAGCGGUCAGGGACUGUCUACUGCGGACCGUACGCUACGAUAUGUUGGGUCCUGCUAUAGUAUCUUGCAUAGGCUCAAUGGGGUCCGUCUCACAAUUCUCACUCCAGCCUGUUGCGCUGGGCGGACCCGAGCGACUGGAGUCGGCAAUUCGUGCCAACCUGCACAAUGCAUUGACAAUCCGAAAUGCUGAGAGUAUGGAAACUCUCUUGGAAAGACUACAAGAGCGACAGCGUCCCAGGAGUGCAGCACGAUCAAAAAUCGCCAUAUUGAGCUGUUCUGGUCGAUUCCCACGGGCGAGGAAUAUGGACGCCUUCUGGGACGUCUUAUUGCACGGCAUUGAUACGCACCGACAGGUUCCAGAGUCCCGCUGGGAUGCUCGAACCCAUGUUUCGAAGUCCUCGUCGCUCGAGAAGAACGUUAGCGGCACAGGCUAUGGUUGCUGGUUAGAAGAUGCUUCUGCCUUCGAUGCAAAGUUCUUCAAUGUAUCGCCCCGGGAGGCGCCCCAGAUGGACCCUGCUCAACGUAUAGCACUUAUGUGUGCUACAGAAGCGCUAGAAGAAGCAGGAAUUGUGCCCGGCCGCACUCCAAGUACACAGCAUAACCGAGUGGGUGUCUACUUCGGAGUCACGUCCAAUGAUUGGAUGGAGACGAAUUCGGCGCAGAAUGUAGACACAUAUUUCAUACCUGGUGGCAACAGAGCAUUCAUACCAGGCCGUUUGAACUAUCACUUCAAAUUCAGUGGUCCAAGCUAUUCAAUUGAUACAGCAUGCAGCUCAAGCCUCACAGCCAUUCAGCUGGCCUGUAAUGCUCUGUGGCGUCAAGAGAUCGAUAUGGCCGUAGUUGGCGGGACCAAUAUUCUGACCAAUCCUGACAUGCACUGCGGAUUAGACAGAGGUCACUUCUUGUCUCGUACAGGAAAUUGCAAGACCUUUGAUGCCACUGCAGAUGGUUACUGUCGCGGAGAGGCAGUGGCCGUGGUUGUGCUCAAGCGUCUUGAGGACGCUGUGAUCGACCACGAUCCGAUCCAGGCCUGUAUUCUUUCAGUCGCCACGAACCAUUCUGCGGAAGCAGAAUCGAUCACUCGACCACAUGUGGGCGCUCAGCGGGAGCUAAUCGACCAAGUGCUUCGAGAGGCCGGAGUAUCUGGUCGCAGCAUCGGCUACGCUGAGAUGCACGGAACAGGGACACAGGCUGGUGACAUAGCUGAAACCAACUCUGUCCUGGCAAGCCUCGCUCCUCAGGGUGCCCGAUCUCCCCGAGAGCCACUAUACAUCGGCUCAGCAAAAGCUAAUGUCGGCCAUGGCGAGGCAGCUGCUGGCAUUACAAGUCUCGCGAAGGCCCUCUUGAUGCUCCAUCAUGAUACAAUUCCACCUCACUGCGGCAUCAAAACUAGGAUCAACCCCAAGCUGCCAGGUCUUGUAUCUCACAAUGUGCGAAUUGCAACCGAGACGGUCAGCUGGACACGACCAGAGGGAGGUUCUAGAAGGGUGCUGGUGAACAACUUCUCUGCUGCUGGUGGCAACACAACACUCAUCCUUGAGGACCCGCCCUUGCCAUCAACGGCAUUCACGCCAUUCCCUCAGUCUCAUCACUCCAUUGUCAUAUCGGCCAAGACUCCUGUCUCUCUUCGUCAAAAUUUGCUCGCAACAAUAGCUUGGAUCGGACAGCAGAACCUUUCGGAUACAUCUAUACUUCCGAAGUUGGCAUAUACCACCACUGCACGCCGCCUACAUCACCCGCUGCGCGUUGCGAUUGCGGGAUCAAACCUGCGAGACAUCGAGCAUCAACUGCGACUGUCUUUGGACAGUAUUGCAGAUGCCCGACGCAUGCCACCACCAAAGAUCUUGUUCGCUUUUGCUGGUCAAGGCUCCGAAUUCCCUCGGAUGGCCAUAGACUUCUUCGACCAAGUAUCCGGUUUCCGAAACGAUAUCGAGGUCUACGACAGGAUCUGUCUCAGUAUGGGGUUCCUUUCGAUCCUAGAUCUAUUCAAAGACGAUAAAUCGAAGGACACUGCAACUCCACAGACACUGCAGCUAGCGGCAGUCUGUCUCCAAAUGGCUCUUGUGCGAUUGUGGCGAUCAUUCGGCAUUGAGCCUACGAUUGUUGUGGGUCACAGCCUCGGGGAAUAUCCUUCGCUCUACGCCGCGGGUGUGCUCUCUCAGUUCGAUGUCAUCUAUCUCGUCGGCAACCGAGCAGCUUUGAUGCAGCGACACUGUGCCCGUGGCAGCCACGGCAUGCUUGUUGUGAAAUCUUCGACCGCCGACGUUGCGGCUCUACUACAUACCUCGGGUCUGAAGUAUGAGAUAGCCUGCGUCAAUGGACGCAGAAGCGUCGUUCUUGGUGGAGCCAAAAACGAGCUCCAGCAAGUGCACGCUAGACUGCAAGAGCAGGGUGUUCGAUCGACGCAUCUUCCACUUCCUUACGCCUUCCACACUGCCCAGGUCGACCCAAUACUGGAGGAUCUGGAUGCGUUGUCUGGCAAUGUUCAAUUCGUCAAGCAGAAGCUGCCAGUCAUCUCCCCGACCUUUGCGGGUAUACCCUCAGAGCUUUCCAGCACCUUUGCUGUAGCCCACUGUCGUGAGCCUGUGCAAAUGCAACGAGCCUUAGAGGCCGCACGAGGGCAGAAAAUUGUCGAUGAGCGGACGAUCUGCAUAGAGAUUGGAUCGGGCGCCGUGACAGUUAACAUGAUCAAGGAAGUGAUUGGGUCCUCAACAGAGACGUUUGUCUCCAUGCGGCAGGGCGAGGCCGUCACAAGGCCGUUGUCAAUGGCAUUGGCCGCGCUGUACGGGAAAGGAGCCAACAUCAAUUGGAACGAGUAUCAUCAAACCUUCAGUCCUGGUCUUGAUACGAUAUCUCUUCCCCCUUACAAUUGGGACUUACGUGACUACUGGAUACAAUAUACCAAUGACUGGUCGCUCCGUAAGGGCGAGGCUGCUGAGCCGCCCGGUGUACCAUUGCGACCGAGCACGACAAUCCAUAAGGUCCUGAUUGACACACUACACACUUCGGCUGGGAAGUUGAUAGUGGAGUCUGAUCUCAAUCGUGAAGAUAUGGAUGCCGUUGUACAAGGACACAAAGUCUACGGGGUCCCGCUUUGCACUCCAUCGGUAUAUGCAGACAUUGCCUUGACAUUGGGGCAGCAUCUGAAGCAGCACGUCUUCAUGCAGCCCAAUGCCAUGGUAGAAAUCGCUGAGAUGGACAUCAAAAGCGCUCUGGUGGCAAUCUCUGGCGGGCGAUCCCAGAUACUGCGAACAGAAGUCGCGAUUGAUCGCAUGAGCAAAUCAGCUCGCUGCACAUUCUCAAGUCUGACUGAGUCUUCCCAGGAGCCCGAGCAGCAUGCUCAUUGCAUCAUCCGACUCCACGAGUCUGGCACCGCAUACGAUCUGGCAACAAGGUCUUCGCCUGACGUCUUAGCCCGCGUAGAGGCACUCUACAAGCAGAUUGAAGCUGCCAACAGUGAGACAUAUCGGUUCAGCAAGUCCAUGAUCUACAAGAUGGUGGCUCAAGUAGCAGACUUCCACAAUGACUACCGAGGCCUUACUGAGAUAGUCAUGGACAAUACUGCACUAGAGGCGACCGGGAAAAUUGAAUUCAGAAACCCCGAGCUUCUUGGUGGCGACUUCGACACUCAUCCAGCUUGUAUCGACGCUUUAUCCCAGCUUGGGGGCUUUGUGAUGAACGCCAACGAGGGCACUGAUCUGAACGAUGAGAUCUACGUCAAUCAUGGCUGGCGGUCACUACAAGUCUUCGACCACAUCGAUCCCAGAAAGAGCUAUCGGAGCCAUGUAAAAAUGGUCGAAGGCUCUGAUAAGCUGUGGACGGGUGAUGUCGCGAUAUUCGAUGGAGAUCAGUUUGUCGCCAAGUUCGCUGGAAUUGCGCUUCAACGAGUACCUAGAACACUCAUGGAGUACAUUGUCAACACCGCUCAUGCAAAGGCGGCAGAAGCAUGUGGAAUCGUCAAGCCGAAGAGAUCCUCCAAUAUUGCUGCCAGAACAGCCCAAGCUGAGGUGGUUGCUACCCACUUGACGCGACAGGUGCCUUCUUUUGACGCUGUGUUGGCAAUCAUCUCUUCAGAGAGUGGCGUCCCUCUGCAAGAACUGAUCGAUGGUCGAGGGUUCGAUGAUCUGGGCGUAGAUUCUUUGCUUUCUCUUCUGAUCGUCAGCAGAGUUCGGAGCGAGUUGGCAAUUGAACUCAGCAACUCCAUCUUUCUGGAGCUGGGCAGUGUGGGUGCCCUUCGAACCUACAUGAAUGGACUGAACGCUUCUUCAAAAAUGAACGACCUGGAUACAAGUACCCAGCUUGCCCCGGCCCCAACAGACACCAUUUGGCCUACGAUACUUCAGAUCAUCUCUCAAGAAGCAGGAACUCUAAUCCAAGAUUUGUUAGAUAGCACCAGUCUAACGGAUCUUGGCGUUGAUUCUCUCCUAUCGCUCGUCAUAGCAAGUCGAUUGCGAGAAAAACUGGAUAUAGAUCUUCCGCAUGUCUCACUGUACGCGGAGUGCGAUACCCUGGGCUGCUUGAAAGCCCGUAUCAUGGAGUUGGCUGGACAUGUCGAUGAUCACACCGAUGACACAGUCUCGGAAUCGCCAUCGGACAAUUCUUCUUCGAAGUCAUCGUGGCCACUGUCAGAGUUCUCACCUCUCGAGACUCCAUUGACACCUCCAGAAGUCAUUCUCGGCGAAAAGUCAUGGAAUGCAACACUUGAGCCGCAGACCGCGGCGUCGUACAUUAUUCAGGGCAAUAUGGAGACAUCUACUCAUCGAUUGUUCCUUUUUCCUGAUGGCGGCGGCUCAGCGACAUCAUAUAUGAAACUUCCAUCGAUAUCGCAAUCUUGGGCUGUCGUAGCAUUCGACUCCCCUUUCAUGAGAAAACCGCAUUUGAUGCAAGGAACAUCACUGGACGCUUUGCUGGAAAUUUACCUCGCUGCCCUACGCCAACGACAGCCUGCUGGCCCUUAUCACUUAGGCGGGUGGUCUGCUGGCGGUGUCAUCGCCUAUGUCCUUGCGUCCAGAUUGCUGGCAGCAAACGAAGAGGUCGCCAGUAUCAUCUUGAUCGACUCACCUUCUCCCGCACAUGGACUUGACAGGUUGCCCCAGGAGUUUUUUGAUCACUGCUCCAAGAUUGGUAUCUUUGAGUCUGAGAUUAACGAACGACGAUCACCUGCAAUGGUGGCGCCCGUUCCACCGCAAUGGCUCAUACCGCAUUUCCAUGCCACUAUCGAGCUGCUCCACGACUAUCUCGCCCAGCCCCUGCCUCUUUCGGUCAAGGGCUCUCGAACUUCUGUGACAAUCAUCUGGGCUGGAGCCUGCGCGUUUGACGAUCAGAAAUACCGAGAUCUGCCAGACACGAAACAAUUCACUCUCUCAGAAAUGGAAGGCAUUCAGUUUCUCACGCAGCGAAGGACUGAUUUCGGGGCAGGAAAGUGGGCGCGGCUAUUACAAGAUCAUGAAGUCAACGUUCACACGAUUGAGGAUGAGCAUCAUUUCAGUAUGAUGAGGCGUGGUGCUUCGAAGCUUGCUCGCAUCAUCGGCACAGCUCUCUGA